AUGAAUCGAAAUACGACAUAAGGAAAAAGCUUUAACAUAAAACCAUUGGUUUUUAAAGUUAAAGGCACCAAUUAUGCAAGUUAAAAAACAUCAUUUACAAGUUUAUCUCCAACUUCUAAAAUCGGAUCUCCAAGGUUUGCUGAUAACUUAAGGAAGCCCCUCAAUCCUAUCUUAAGUCCCAAAAUAAAUAAUAAACCUUAUGAUAAUACUCACAUCUUCAGAUCCACAAGAUUUCACUCAGAAUUCAAAAAGCCAACUCUUGAGAAAUAAACUGAAAAUGUUACUUUAAAGUUUUCAGUCAUGAAGGAACUUCAUUUAUAGAAAUAACAUACUCAUCAUAGUGUUCAUUGUUCCUAAUAAGUAGUUAAAAAAGAUAAUAUCAAUUUAUUCGUUUUAUGUGAGGGUCAUGGCAAGUUUGGAAAGGAAUGUUCCCAAUAUGUUAAUCAAAAGAUGAUAGAGAAACUCACUAAUAACAAUUUAAAUAAUGUAGUUUAGAAAAAAAUUGAUUAAAUAAAUCUUUUAUUUGAAGACCUCUUUUCUGAAAUCAAUAAGGAAAUGGUAAUUAAUUUAUAUCUAUUAAUAGCAAUAAUGCCAGGAUAUUGACUCCUCAUAGAGUGGAUCCUAAGCACUUUGCAUUUUGAUAUCUGAAAUGAAAUUGAUUUGUUCAAAUUUGGGAGAAAGCAAAGUAAUGUAUUUCUUUUUACAAAAAAAUAACUUAGUUUUCAAAUAAUUAAAUACUGUUCACUCUAUCGAAAAAAUGUCUGAACAACAAAGAAUACUGAAUCAUGGCGGGGAAAUAGAACAAGAAUACAUUAAUUAUGUAAAGUCUGGUCCCUUGAAGAUAUGGCUGAAACAAAAUAAAUCUUAGGGGAUCCAAUUAACCAGAUGCAUAGGAUAUAAUCAUUGGCAAUAAAUUGGAAUUACUUGUCAACCAGACACUUCAGAAUAGGUUCUUACUUAAUAAGGAUAUAUAAUAAUUGGUAAUAGUCAAUUAUUCGACUUAAUUGAUACUAUUGAUAUAUCAAAGGUCUUAGAAAAACAUAUGGUUCCACAAUCUUAACAAGAAGUCAGCAAUGUAUGUGAAUAACUAUUACUUUUGGCAAAAAGUAGAAUUUCUAGUAAUUUGCAUAUAGAAUAAAUUCUGAUGAUCAUUUUAUUCAUUGGAAUUUGA